GGAGCAAUCAAGAUUCAGUCAGUUUUCAGAAGCGUUGCGUAGCGUUGUAAUAACAGCAAAGAAAGAAAUGCGAAGCGGAUGUGCAGGCAUAGAAAUUACUCAUUAAAUGAAUGUGAAUAAAUGCAAUGAUAAAUGGAAAAAAUAGACAAUAAGAAAUGCAAUAAUUGAAUUGAAUGUGGCAAACGUGUAUUAAAUGAAUAAUUUCAAUUGAAUUAAUUGAAGAAAAAUCCCUUAUAGAGCAAACAAAAGCGUGAAUAAUUCGUGUAACUCGCCAAUGUAGAUACAUAUAUGUGAGUGCCUGCACGUUUAUGUGUUUGUGAGUGCGUGUGUAUGUGUUUGUUGGUGUAUGUGCUUUGAGGAAUUGAAGUACUUGAAGAAAAUCUUUUACUAGCUGCCUGCUGUUUGGGAUACACUUUUGGGUGGCGGCAGCAACAGCGACAACGACAACGACGAGAACAACAACAGCAAUAUCAACAACAACAACAAGUGAAACAAUAACAACGAAUUUGAAGCGCGUUUGUGUUUUUGUUGCUUUUGCGGAGUGUAGUGUAUAAGUAGAAAAUGUGUAUGUGCCAGAAAGUGAAACGAAAACGGGAACACGCCUUUUGAAGCCCGAGCGUAGCCAACAACCAACAACCAACAACCACCAGGCACCAGCAGCACCUAGCAAACAGCUAUCAGCUAGUGCGCUAGCGCUACAACCAACUCGAGUAGUGCAACCAAAGCGAGCAGGAAUUUCAAGCGCAGCCUUAAAUGGUUACAAGACGGACACUAUCUAGACUCAACAUUUAGCAACUUGCAACUCACGAAUUCACAUCAAUCACUGACUAGUCAUUAUGGGUAAGGAUCAGGAGUUUUUGGAAGCAGCACGCAAUGGCAACAUUACCUAUAUCGAAAAAGUGCUCAAUCAACGGGCAAAGCGCGCCGGUCCACUAGCCAGUUUGCGACGUGGACCCGGCGUUAAUAUACAGGAUAGCGGUGGCUAUUCGGCAUUGCAUCAUGCCUGCCUAAAUGGACAUGGUGACAUAGUGCGACUGUUGUUGAACAACGAAGCAUCGCCGAAUCUACCCGACUCGCGUGGCUCGUCGCCACUGCAUUUAGCCGCUUGGGCAGGCCAUCAAGACAUCGUGAAAAUGCUGUUAACACAUCCUUUCAAGCCGGCGCAGCCAAAUUUACAAACCAUCGAAAACGAGACGCCACUACACUGCGCCGCACAACACGGCCAUACGGGCGCCUUAGCGGUGCUGUUAACGCAUAAUGCUGACCCGAAUAUGCGUAAUGCACGCGGUGAAACGCCACUCGACUUGGCGGCGCAAUAUGGCCGUCUGCAGGCCGUACAGAUGUUGAUACGCGCCCACCCGGAAUUGAUCGCACAUUACAGUGUGGCCGCCAUUGAGGGUGGCGACGGCGGUAUUAUCGGACAGCAAUAUCAGAAAUCGCGUCGAUCAUCGCCACUGCCACACUCUGGUUCGGUUUCCACACCCUCCCCUUCGUCGCCAUCAAUUACUUCUUCGCCUGUGACGCCGACGCGAAACAUCUUCCCGCACACUUGUCUUCAUGUGGCCAGUCGCAAUGGUCACAAGAAUGUGGUUGAUGUGUUGCUCGCUGCUGGGGUCAGCGUAAACUUGCUCACGCCAUCUGGUACAGCGCUGCAUGAAGCAGCCUUAUGUGGCAAGGAGUCAGUCGUGCGUACGUUACUUAGAGCGGGUAUAGAUUUGAAUGCGACCGAUGCGGAAGGACGCACUGCUUUGGAUAUACUCAAGGAGUUUCCACCGCACGUCACUAAGCAUAUUAUUGCUGUCAUAAAUAAUUUUCGCAAUCAAAUGGACGUGGAUGUGGAUAGCGACGAGGUGGUCGUCUUCCGUCAUCAACAACCACCGCCACCACCACAACGCCAAAGCAGCAGUCUGAGUCACUAUCAAAAACAACAACACAACAAUCACUAUCAUUUCAAUUCAAACAAUCAUUUACUCAAUCACGCACACUCGCUGCAACAGUCUUCCACGUUUAACAGUAGCAGCAGUGCAGGCGGUAAUGGUGGUGGCACCAGCGGAGCUGCUAAUAACAGUAAACAACGAUAUGGCACAAAUCUUAAUGGCGGUAAAUCAUUGGAUAGCGGUCUUCAACCGGAUCACUGCGCCACCGCAGGACGUGGUGGUUAUCAUGAAGUGAACUCUCCUGUGCACAGCACCUCCAAUAACUCUCAGAAUGAAAUGGGUGUGAGUCCAUCAUCGUCGAUGAGUAGUUUUGAGCCGGUCUCGGUCUCACCACGUUCACGCUCUUCAACAGGCGGCAUAAUCGCUGUGACAGUCAACAAUCCCAUGCAUAUGAGCACCUUUGCGCCCGGCGCGCCACCCAAAAAGCCACCAAGACGUAACUUAUCCGUUUCGCCAACCCACUCAGGGCAACAAUUUAGCUACACCUCACCAAAUCAUCAUCAACAAUCACAAUCGCAACAGCGUACGCGUCAGCAACACCACAGCCCGUCUGCGGAGAGUCCUUAUGGGGGACAUCAAAGUCAUGGCAGUGUGGGCGGCAUGAGCUUCGAUGAGACUGCGCAAUUGCGCGAUCGUCAGAGAGGCGAGCGUCUAUAUGCGAGCGCAAGGGAGAGCACGCGUUCCACAACGGGUGCGCUGCUGGCUUCAAGUUCAAACGAUAUGCUGGAGCGUAUGAACUAUAGCAGCGAAGAUCGCGCCGAUUCUGUAGAGGGACUAGGUACCUCGAACUCUAUGAAACGACCACUGAACAAGUCACGUGAUGUGAGCACAGAAAUUAUAAAUUGCGAGAACCCAACAUUGAAGUCAUACAAUCCAAAUAGGAAGCUCAAAAGAAAUCGGAAUAGCUACUCACUGAGCAUCAGCGACACCAAAGAGAAUAAGAUUAACGAUAAGCCACAAACACCGCUUAGUCCGACUAACUAUCAACAACCGCCGACACCGGAUCACCCACCACCAUCUUCAAGUCAAGCCGAACGCACUAUACACGAACGCAUACGACCGCUCAGCAUGGAGUACAAGCGUCGUUCAGCGCUUAUACAGCUGCAACAACAACAAAAACAGCACAGCAAAAGUAUGAUCGACUCGAGUACAUCGCCCGCCAAGCAUUGGCAGUCAGCGCUCAUACCAACGCCCACAUUUGAUUAUCCCGUCGGCAGUCUUUCGCCAAAGCAAAGCGCCAAUGCUUCACCGACAACGACUAUGUGUAAUGCGCAACGUAGCAGCGGCGUUGGUGCCAUACAAGGCUCUUCCGGAUCGCUUAGUUCGAGCGUCUCACUUUCAGAUCACAGCAUCUCCACCGAUUGUGUGGAAGAAUUUGUCGGCGACGCGCCUUUUGCGGGACUAUUCAAGGGAUCGAGUGUUAAUUUGCGACAUGAGAAACGCACAAUGGGCAAUCGUAAGUUCGUCAUACCAGCAGCUGCACGAAGUGCAUCCGCAUCGGCUGCAGAGGGUCAACAGCCACAACGCACACGCCCACCCAUACCCACCAAACCUGUUUUACCCGAUUGUAAUAAAAUGCUCAAAUCCUUAACUGUAAACGCAAAGGACUCCAAGACACCAAGUAACCAAGAAGGUUGUGAUGAAACAGAAACCCGUAGUGAUAAUACUAGUCGUGUGAGUCAAAAUGUAAGUAUCUCCUUGGAGGUGGAAAAUUCAAAUGGAAACGAAAAUGCAAACGAUGCAAGUAAUGGAAAUGAAGAUAUCGAGGCGGCUCUAUCGGCAAUUACAACGGCCACAACACAAAGCAGCGGUAUACUGAGUCCCUUCAACGCUGAAGAGGCACGUAAAAAGAUCUCAGAGAUUAUCGAGUCUUUCGGCAGCGGUAUUCUGAAUACGACGUUAACACCGACAAACGAUAUCGACUUGGAGUUCGAUGAGGGUAUCGAACCAACCGAACGCCGUGAGUUGGCUGUGCGCUUGCGAAAUGCUGGAUUGCUACACUUGGAACGCAUGCUCUUCGAGAAUGGUUAUGACAACUUUAAAUUUGUGAAUGGUGUCUUUGAGCCCAGCGAUGCGCAACUGAUGGAUAUUCCGAAAACAGAUGCGAAUAAAUUGAUCUCAUUUGUAAGCACAUUGCCGAAGGCUGAAUUUCAACCGCAAAUUAUUGUUGGAAACAAAGAAAAAGUCAACAAACCAAAUAAAAAUGGCGAUGUUGCAACAGAAAAGAAAGGUGUCACGACGCUUAGUGAGUGGCUGCAGAGUAUCAGUCUACCCGAGUAUAUUGAAUCUUUUAGUAAACACCUGUACAACACCAUCGAUAGCGUCUGCGGUGUUUGGGAUGUCGAACUGCAGACCGUUUUAGAGAUCAACAAGCUUGGACAUCGAAAACGUAUACUGCAGUCAGUUGCUUAUAUAAGACACAUACGUGAACCGAAUAAAACCGAAAAGAGUGGCGAGAUCGAAAACAACGAAGUACCAAAAAUGGCGACAUCCAUAAAUGGUGAAUCUGGCAACAAAGAAACCCCACGGCAACCACAACAAGCACAACCGCAGCAACGAACCUCAAUUACGGGUUAUAGAAAAAACAGACCUGCCCCACAACCGCCAUGCGAAAAGCCACAACAACCGCAAUUGCAAAUACGCGCACCAUCGGAAUUACUCCUCGGACUCCCAGCAAAUUUACGCACAAAAUGGCGGCAUUCGGCGAAUGUUUUACUUAACGAACAAAUCAAAUACGAAGUUUAUUAUCUGGGUUCGACGGUUGUGAAGGAGUUACGUGGCACCGAAUCGACGCGUAAAUCCAUACAAAAACUCAAACGUGACGAUGUUGCUGAACAGCAGCGUUCUGGGAAAGUUAGCCGCAAGAAACCGGCGCUAGUCUGCUUGGCCAUAUCGCAUUUAGGCGUGGAAUUUAUCGAUGUGAACAGCAAGCAAACGAUUUGUGAACACGAAAUCCAAAAUAUUAACUGCGCCUGCCAAGACUCGGAAGAUUUGAGGCAUUUCGCCUACAUCACUAAGGAGUUGGAUGUGCACUACUGCCAUGUUUUCUAUGUCGAAAGUUCGGACUUGGCUACCGAUAUCAUACUCACACUGGGACAAGCCUUCGAGGUGGCCUACCAAUUGGCAUUGCGAGACGGUAUUACAACGACAACAACAACCGCGUUCAGCGGCAAUUCAUUACUCAGCGGUGCCAAAACUGCUGAAACCGUGGCAGUUGAGUGAACACUUUCAAGCAGAGAGAAGAAAAUAGAGAAGAGCAAACAAAGAAAUAUGACUAUUAAAUAACUAUUUAGCUCAAAAAUAUGUUGUGCGCAAUAAAAAUAAAUAAAUUAAAUAAAAAAAUAUAUAUUUAAUGAAUAUAAAAUAUAAAUGCAAGUUAUGUAUAUGUAAAUAACGCUGUUAGCUGAAUUCUGCAAAAUACUAUUAAGUGAAAAUCGUUAUGACAAGUUAUUUACUAUGUUUUAAAAAUGCCG